GAUGUGUUUUUUCUAUACGCCAACAUUUUAGAAGUCUCCCUAUGAUGGAAUCAGCCCUUGCAAACCCACAUGAAGAUAUCGAAAAAGAGGCGAUACCUGUGUCAAUUAUGGGAUGAUAAGACGUACCAGGAGAAAUGUCAGAAAAACAAGGAAAAUCGGUUUGAGCUUAAAGUCCUCCAUACAACUGGCUCAAAGGCAUUUAGAAAGGUGCAAUACGAUGAGCGAGACAAGGAUGGAAAGGAGCUUGGACUUGUUGAUUUGUAUCACAAGACACACUUUAGUCAGAAAAGGCAAGCAUGGGUCCAUAAUGAAGCUCAAAUUAGACAUGGAUGUCCAAAGGGUGUCACACCUAAGUACAGCUUGAAGCCUCUUGUGCCAAGGCUGUCUGAUAUAAAGCCUGAUAUUGAUGUUGAGAAAUUGUUUUUUUAG